GAAAAGUAAUGUGGGCGUAAAGCACGGAAUUGUAGGCCCGGGGCGGGACACGAAUAGUUAAGGAUUCGAACGUCAUUGAGAAUCCCGGGUUUGACCUCUCUCCUCCCCUGUAACGUGUGUCACUUAUAAGAAGGCUGUGCAGCAAUCUGCGACCGGCUCAGAGCUGAACGAUGGGAUCCUUUUUCUCUAGAAGUAUGGAUCAAAACCUAAAGAAACAGCAAGAAUUUAUGCUGUUGAACUCACAGCUUCAGUUGGAGAGGCAGAUCCUGAUGCAGAAUCAGAUGCGGGAAAAGCAGAUGGCCAUGCAGAUUGCCUGGAGUCGGGAGUUUCUUAAAUAUUAUGGAACUUUUUUCAGUUUGGCAGCACUUGGAUUGACAUCAGGGGCCAUCAGAGGAAAGAAACCAGCCUUAUUCAUUCCUGUUGUACCACUAGGAUUUGUAUUUGCAUAUCAGUAUGAUAUGGGCUAUGGAACCCUAAUUCGUAGGAUGAAAGGGAGUGCAGAGGAUAUCAUUGAAAAUGAGAAUCAUUUACUUGAGUUGCCACAAGGAUUGCCAUCUUUUGAGUCGAUUGAAAAAGCUAGAAAAGCACAAAGAAAAUUCUUCGUGGAUUAGUAGAAUGGACACAUAUCCAUCCAAAGAUAUAAAGACCCCAAUACUUCUUCCUGCCAACUGUUUACACAAACCUUGGGUACUAAUUGUAUGCUGUACUGUAAUGCUGUGGGAAACGGACAUACUGAAUGAAAUACAAUACAAGCAAAGCAAAAAACUUGAAUUUUAACUAUAAGAAUCAGGCGGUAAUUCUUUAUAACAACAUCAUUAAAUCUGUUAUUUAAAAGUAAUAUUCAGAAUAAUUAUUAAAUCUAAAAAUGCUUUCUUUUUGGA